GCCUCGCCCGGCGCGCCAAUGGCUGCUGCCCGGGGUGCCCCGUCUCCGAGCAACGGCCUCUGACGUAAGGCCCCACCCCUCGAGGCGGCAUUUCCCCCGGAGGCGGUGGCGGCGUGCCGCAAAGGCCUGUGGGGGCUGUAGUCGCCUGCCCUCGCUCCCGGACGCUUUCGCUUUCGCUUCCCGGCGGGCGGGACGGCGAUGGCGGCGGUGGAGGUGGCGGGGCUGCCGGAGGGCGCGGCGGACGAGCUGGUGGUGCUCUACUUCGAGAACCGGCGGCGCUCGGGCGGGGGGCCGGUGCGCAGCUGGCGGCGGAGGGGCGCCCGCGCCCGCCUGCUCUUCGAGAGCCCCGAGGACGCGGCGCGCGUGCUGGCGAGGGGCGGCCACGCCUUGCAGGGGGCGCCGCUGACCGUGCGGGCCGCCGCGCCGCGGGACUUCGGGAAGCUGCUGCUGCGCGGGCUGCGCGCCCGGAGCGGCCCGGCGCUGCUGGAGCUCUACGUGGAGCGGCUGCUGGCCGGCCGAGGGGGCGCCCGCUUCGCCCUCCACCGCAGCCCGGCCGGGGACCAGGCGCUGGUGCAGCUGCCGGCGCCCCUCGGCGAAGCAGAGUUCCUGGCACUGGCAGAACGUGUGCGAGAUCAGCCACUGGAAGAGGCCGGCCUGGAACUGGACUGGGUGGAGCAGACGGACAGCCUGCUUGUGGGGUGCCGAGGGGACAGCGGCCCCUUAAGCCAGGACCUGCUGGAGCUGUACUUCGAGAGCAAGCGGAGCGGCGGGGGGCCCGUGCAGGGCGUGCGGCUGCUCCGCGGGGGCACAAGGGCCAUCGUUUCCUUCCAAGACCCUGCAGUGGCGGAAAGGGUGCUGCAGAGGCCCCAUCAGCUCCAGGGGGCCUGCUUGGAGGUGGGCCCUUACUACGACUUCCUGGAACCUGCUGAGGACGAGGCGUCGGCCGCAGAAGCGGGAGCCUCUCCAGAGGGCGGUGGGGCCUCUUCUCUGUGCGUGCCUCUUCCCGAAGCAGCCCUGCGGUGUCUGCUGGAGUCGGCUCUGGUCCUGCAGGAGCUGAGAGGCUCCGUCCCGGAGUGCACGCUUCACCUCGAGGAAGCGGGGCUCUGCAUCUCGGGGGGGGAUGCAGCCCACCGGCAGCAGUUGCAGGAGCGCGUCCAGGAGGCCUUGCGAGGAGCGGUCCAGGAGCACCUGCCCUUCUCCACCCGGGUCCUGGGUUUCCUGCAGCAGCAGGAUGUGGCCGCACGCCUGGCCGAGCGGCUUGUGGGGCAGGGGCUGGGGGCCUGCUACGUCCCCGCCCAGGAGGAGGUGCUGGUGGUGGCUCUGAAGCCCUCUGUGGCCCGCCAGGCAGCUUCCUUCCUGGGCUCGGUCCUGGCUUCCUUCUCCCUGCCUUUGUCGGAGGGGCAGCUCCUCGCCCUGACCUCGCCACGCUGGGCCCAGGAGCAGGAGAGGCUGCGGUGCUGCCUUGUGCACCUGGCAGAGAGCGGGGCACACCUGGAAGGCCUGACUCUGUCUGAGCUGCAGCAGGAGAACCUGGCGCGUCUGACGGCUUUCCUGCAGGACAGCAUGCCCGACGAGACCGUGGUGGCCCUGGAGGCGGGCACCCUGCGCUACCUCCAGCUCUACCACCAGGAGCUUCUGGCUGCGCUUGCCAGCGUCACUCUGCUGCCCCUGGAGGGCGCCGAUGUCACGGGCUUCCGGCUGAGUGGCGAGGCCCGUGCCUGUCAGGCGGCAGCUGAGCUGCUACAGAGCCUGCGGGAGGCCAUCCACACCCAGACCGUGACGCUGCAGUUGCCUGGCAUCAGCCGUUUCCUCCUCGACGGGCGUGGCCAGGCCGUCGUACAAGACCUGGAGAGGCGCUUCCGUUGCGUCGUGGGGUUGGAGAGGGUCCACUGGAGCCCGGUGCUAGUGCAGCACGAGCUGGAGAUGUCUCAGGUGCCGCUCGCUCUGAGUUGCCGACGGGAUUCCCUGCCUGGGCCUGCGCAGCCGGAAGCCCUGCACGGUGUGGCCGGCAAACAGAGCAACGCCAACAUGGAAGAGAUCAAGAGCUUGCUGUCUGCUCUGCGGCCUGCCAGCGUGGCUGCUCCUGCAGCAGAAGAGGAGGCCUGGGCAUUGGGGAGCAGCAACGUGGAGGAGGUUGAGGAUCUGUAUACUGCGCCCGAGCAAGACGCAGCUGCGGCAGCGCCCCUUGCGCGGCAGGAGGAGGCAGGGCUGGGCGACAGGCCCACCGCCGAGGCGGAGGAGGCGGAACUGCUGCUGGCCAUCCAGCAGUCCAUGGACAGCGCCCGGCGGGAGGAGGAGGAGCUGCAGCGGGCCCAGGAGCUCUCUCUCCGCUCCUACCGGCAGGAGACGGAGCAGGCAGCCAGUCCCGACGCUGCCCUCCAGGCUGUGCUCAGCAUGUCUCUGGAGGAUGUGCUGCAGGGGGCCCACUCGGCCCAGCUGGUCGUCUGCAGUGCUGCGGAGGGGGACGUGGCCCUCCUGACGCAGGAGCUGGAGGCAGCUCUGCAGGCACUGCUGCGGGAGGAGACCGUGCACAACGAAGCCCUGUGCUCCCUGCCUCCCCUCUGCCUCGAGUACCUGACACACUUGGAACACAAACACGCUGUGCGCAUCUCGCUGUCUGGCGCCACAGCUACCGUCCGUGGCUUUGCUGACUACCCCGUGGCUGCCACCCGUGAUCUCGCAUUGUUGCUCACCCGCUUGCUGCGGGCUGAGGUGGCCAGGGGGUCCAGGGGCGUCUGCUGGGUCCACUGGGACUCCUCGGGGCGCGGGUCUCCCACCCCGUACUCCGCAGAGGCGACUGCUCUCCUGGAGCAGGCCUGGGGCCAAGGGCACAAGCGAGUGGACGUGUUCUUCGACGAGAAGCCUUUCACCAUUGACUUUGAGCGCAUGGAAGAAUAUGACCUUGGCCAUGCCCGGACUCUGCCCAUUGGCCGCACUGAGCCCCCAGCGGCCUCUCCAGCUGCCCAGGCGGGCGAUGAAGUGAAGCUGCUGCUGUUGCCCGAAAGCUCAGAGGAGUUCCAGCAGACCGUCCGCUGUUUCUAUGGCACGCUGGAGGAUUUCCACAACAAGAUCCGCAUCAUAAAGGUGGAGAAGGUCCUGCACCCUCUGCUGUACCAGCAGUACCUGCUGAAGAGAGCGGCGAUGGAGAAGGCUUGUGGGCACCAGGAGGUGGAACGGAUCCUGUACCAUGGCACCACGGAGCAGGCCAGCCGCGAGAUCUGCCAGUUUGGCUUCAACCGCAGUUUCUGUGGGCGGAAUGCAACGCGCUAUGGCCAGGGCGUCUACUUUGCUGUCCAGGCCUUCGUUUCGGCGCAUGAACAAUACUCGCCCAGCAGCUGGGAUGGCAACAAGUACAUCUUUGUGACUCGGACUCUGGUUGGGAGCUACACCACUGGCCGCGAGGAGAUGCGCGCACCGCCCCUGCAGGAAGGAGAUGCUGCGCUGCGGCGGUAUGACAGCGUGGUGGACUCCCUCGAGCGGCCCUCCAUCUUCGUCAUCUUCAACGACACGCAAGCGUACCCCCAGUACCUCAUCACCUGCCAGUGGUCCAAGCGACGCUGAUAGGAUUGGGCAGACUGGAGCAGCCCCCCUGGGGGGCGGGGGGGGGCUCGCGGGCACACGCCCUCCUCCUCGGGGUUCACUGCUGUUCCACUCCAGCUACCUUUCUGCCAGGCUUACCUCGCUGCCUUUCUGAUCUAAAGUGUCCUUUUGGGGAGGUGGAAGGGAAUAUUCCACGAAAUGGCGAAGGGGGGGGGGGAGGGAAGGAGGGCUUUUGCCCGGCUGCCUUAUUUGGGCACUGCUGAGCUGCAGUGCCGCGGCAUCCUGUCUGGCGGCCCAUGCCCACCCACCCCCAGCGCCUCUGGAGGGGGCUCUGCUGGCAAGGUGGGGGCUUGUGGGUGCCGCUGCUAGGUUUGCUGGGCUCCCUGGGGAGGAAAUGAGGGCAUAAGCAGUCACUAACUAGGAAGAGGCAGGGCUUGCUCGUCUUGUCUCGGGAUCUGUACUGUGAGCCCCCCCCCCCGUCACUGUUUGAGUAGACAGUAGGGGGGGGGCGCCAAGACAGGGAUUGUGGAAUCUAAAAUUCUGCACAAUUUCUGCACAGCCAGCCAAACAUCGUUGCCUAAUUUUGAAGGGGGGGGGGGAGACACACACACACACACUUCUGCUCUUGGUCUUUUCUGUGCUGCCAGCCAUUAAACCAAGUGAAUUAU